AUGACAAGUCUACCAUUUGGUCUCUCGUCGCUACGCGGGUAUGCCGACGGCGCCGGGUCCGGGACCGAGUCGGGCGACGAGAGCCCCUGUGGGCGGAGCGGGUUCGGAACCGAGACCGGGACUGAGACCGAGACAGACACCGACACGCUCGGUACCUCACCAGUCUUUGCACAGGCUCCCUUCCCUAUGGUGCGCCAACCGGUCAAGAUCUUCUGCUCAGUCCUACCAGAGAUGGUGUACACACUCGGGUUUGGCUUGGACGCGCUGCCGAGGGUGGCGUACGCGCUGAUCAACUGCAUGCUCAGCUCGUCGGCCUUUGUCUCGGUCACCCACAUCCACGACGAGCUCUCGCUGGUGGUCGACGAAGAGACGCUGAGCCUCUUCCUCCCGCACGCGGACGUGGUCAACUUGCACAGCCAGGCCUGGCGGGUCAUCGAGAUCUCCGAAGACAGCAUGCAGUCGGCCGCCGGCGUUUUUGGCCGGCUCUCGGCGCCGCUGGCCGAGCACGACAUCUCGAUCUUCUAUCUUUCGACGUAUGCGUCCGACUAUGUUCUGGUUCCGGCCGCACAGGUCCGCGAUGCGAUUGCAGCGCUCAAGAGCAGGUACGCGGUCGGAGUUGCCGGCGAGCUGCCCGAGGCGGCGCCGACAUCGGCAAUGGUGGCCAAGUUUGCCGCCGCCGGAUCCAGCGCUGAGUCCAGCACCGGCACCGGUCUCACCGAGCCAGCACCGAUGGCCGUGACAUGGCCGGCGGUCGGUGAUGCACUCCGAGUGCUGGCGGUGCCGGAGCGCCGGUUUACGGCAGUCUUUGGAGCUCUCUGCGCCGACUUGUUUGUGUCGGCCAACGCCGCAGCCGGGGCCGGAACCCGGUUUUUCUCGCUGACCAAGACUGCGGAUGAGAUCUCGAUGCUGCUAGAGCAGCGAGUGGUCGACGCGCUGGAGGUGCCCGGCCUCACGCUCUGGUCACACACCUGGGUCCCACUCCGAGUCGAGGGCAACGUCGGCGGCGGGGAUGGGUUUACCGAGACCGGCAUCGUCAACCGCAUUUCUGCCCCGCUCUCACGGGCAGGUAUCCCCACGUUCCAUCUCUCGACCUUUGCUUCGCACUUUUCCCUCGUUCGCCAACAGAACUCGACCGACGCCGCUGCUGCGCUGGAGCGGUCGUUCCAGGGCGCGAGCGCGAGCGUCUAGUCGAAGAGGGCGACGAGCAAGUCCUCGAGCGCGGCGACGUAGUUUGCGGUGUCGAAUAGCGGCGAGGUGCCUCUGGCGAGGCGCACUGCGAGCGAGUUCUUGACCGUAGCGAGGCCACCGCUAAGAAGGGCCCGGGCGGCAGACUCGUAGGCCGACCACGAGUCAACCACCAGAGCACCGAGGGCGGUCGGCUCACCGGCGAAUGCGGCGGAGACAAGCGAGGCACCAACCCGCGAUUGGAAGGCAUCGCCUGGGUAGGUGAUGACCGGGACACCGGCCCAGAGCGCAUCGAGCGCUGUGGUGUGUGCAUUGUACACGUGGGUAUCGAGAAAGAGGUCGGCGUGGGUGAGGCGGGCCACAUGCGCUGUGUGCGGCAAGUGCGGCGCAAAGACAAGCGAGCUGCUUGUGUUCACGCCACGCGCGGACAGAGCGUCGACGAUUGCGGCCUCGGCGUGCGACGACGACGACAUGAGCCAGAGGACAGCGUCGGGCUGGGCGAGGAGGAGCCGAGCCCAGACGUCGAGAGCCUGGGUGUCGAUCUUGUAGAGAGCGUUGAAGCAGACGAGAACGGUGGCGGUCUCCGGGAGGUUGUGAUCGGCACGGGAGCCUGCGCGGGCAGCAAGCUCGCUCCGUGGCAGCCGUCGUGCAAACGAGUUGGGUUGGUAGGUGUGCGGGAGCAGGAG